UUGUCUUAGGUUGCCAUGCAAGAUGUAACCAAAUGCAUACUAUAACAAUCUGUUAAAACCGGGCGGGGCAGGGUUCUUUAUCUCUUCCAGGACUCAUUCUCCCUCCAGGGGGAUAUCUUCUGUUAAUGGGCCAUUGAGUGUCCCUGCAAGGCUGAUAGAAUUCCAUCAUCCCAUUGUGAGAUGCUCCGCCCAGAGGGAGGAGCCAAGCACUCCAAACUGCAUAUAAAGUGAGCUGUGGAACACCACAGCAGCCUUUUCCACUGGAUUCCCAGAGGAAGACCAGACCCUUCUCCAGGACCCCUGGACCUCCAGGGUAAAACUCCACCCUUCUGCAGGAUCACUGCUGCAGCAGAACCACAGCUGGCACUGCAGGAGGGCUGAGCCACCACUGAACGGGACUGCUGCCAGCACCCUGCCCCGCAGGGUGUCACAUUGCUCUGUCAGUGCAUUUUAUUUUAAUUUUCCUAGUGAAGACCUGUUAUUCCCAUUCUCAUAUCUCCUUCUGAGAGCAUGGCGGUGCUGCUGGAGACCACGGCGGGUGACCUGGUCAUCGACCUGUACACGGAGGAGCGGCCCCGCGCAUGUCUGAAUUUCCUGAAGCUCUGCAAGGUCAAGUACUACAACUAUUGCCUUAUUUAUAAUGUCCAGCAGGAUUUUGUUAUACAGACUGGUGACCCCACGGGAACUGGCCGUGGAGGGGAAUCCAUAUUUUGUCAACUGUAUGGUGAUCAAGCCAGAUUUUUUGAAGCAGAAAAGGUGCCCAGAAUCAAGCACAAGAAGAAGGGAACUGUGUCAAUGGUGAACAAUGGAAGUGAUCAGCAUGGGUCACAGUUCCUCAUUACCACAGGGGAAAACCUGGACUACCUUGAUGGUGUACAUACAGUAUUUGGAGAAGUGACAGAAGGCAUGGAUGUACUGAAGAGAAUUAAUGAAACCUUUGUAGAUAAGGAUUUUAUCCCAUAUCAGGAUAUCAGGAUAAAUCAUACAGUCAUUUUAGAUGAUCCCUUUGAUGAUCCACCUGGUUUGUGUGUUCCUGAUCGCUCACCAGAACCUACAAAUGAACAGCUCGACAGUGGCAGAAUAGGAGCAGAUGAAGAAAUUGAUGACAUGAAAGGACGGUCUGCACAUGAAAUAGAAGAAGUCCAGGCCGAAAAAGAAGCAAAAACUCGUGCUAUUCUUCUGGAAAUGGUGGGAGACUUACCAGAUGCAGACAUCAAACCACCAGAAAAUGUGCUGUUUGUUUGUAAACUGAACCCUGUGACCAAACAAGAAGAUCUGGAGAUAAUAUUUUCACGAUUUGGCCCCAUUAAGAGUUGUGAAGUGAUCCGAGACUGGAAGACUGGUGAAUCUCUUUGUUAUGCUUUCAUUGAGUUUGAAAAGGAGGAAGACUGUGAGAAAGCCUACUUCAAAAUGGACAAUGUGCUGAUUGAUGACAGACGGAUACACGUGGAUUUCAGCCAGUCUGUUGCAAAGGUUACAUGGAAAGGAAAAGGUGGGCAGUAUACCAAGGAAGAUUUCAAGGACUAUGAGAAGGAACGUGACAAACCUUCGAAAUUUGCUCUGAAAGAAAAAGUAAAACCAAAGCGAGAUGCCAAGUAUGACCUAGUGCUGGAUGAGGAUAUAGAGGAGUCUCACACAAGUCAGUCACACUUGGCUAAAAAACAGAAGAAGAAAAAGCACCACCAUUCUGAAGAAGAUGACAAGAGGACCAAAAAAUUGAAGAAGUCUGACCAAAAGCAUGAAGAACACUGUAGGGAGAGGACCAAGGGUGAGAAAAGAGACAGGCAUAGGAGUCACAGCUGUUAUAAGGAGAGAGAUUAUACUUACAGUAGACAAAAACACAAGUACAGAUGAAGGAAAAAACAGAGG